CAGCUCUGUCAGACUCUUGAGCUUGAAGCUUGAGUCUUUCAUGUUGUCUGCAGCUGUCCGACCGACAACGCGUCUCUUGCGCUUCUGCCAAAACACUCGAUGCUUCCAGUCGGCGGCAGCAACGUCCUCGACCGUCAAUGCAGCUGAGAUUGCCCAUUUUUCUCGGCUUUCCUCACUAUGGUGGAAUGAGCAAGGGGAGUUCUCGCUGUUGCAUCGAAUGAACCCUGUAAGGGUGCGCUACAUCCGGGAAAAACUCCUUGAGGCCACGUACGAAGACCAAGGAGAGGAUGCAAGGAGAGAGUUGCAGUCGAAAUGCGCCGUGUUGGCUGGUAUGGACGUGUUGGAUGUAGGUUGUGGAGGCGGUUUGCUCUCAGAGAGUCUCACUAGGCUGGGAGCACGAACUCUUGGCAUUGAUGCAUCUGAAUCCAACAUUGGGAUAGCUUCGACACAUGCUAGUGGUGAUCCCCAGCUGUCUUCUCUGGGCAAUUCAUUGGAAUAUCGUCAUACUUCUGUAGAGCAGCUUGUCAAAGAGCCCAAGCGGUUCGACGCCGUAUGCUCGAUGGAGGUUGUUGAACACGUAGAUAACCCGGUGGCGUUCCUUUCUGCUUGUGCCCAGUUGGUGAAACCUGGAGGCCAUCUUUUCCUUUCCACAAUUGCAAGGACGCCACUCUCCUAUUUCCUUACAAUUUUGGCCGCCGAAUAUGUCCUCCGCAAGGUGCCCGUGGGGACCCACACGUACUCAAAGUUCAUCAAUCCUUCCGAACUUAUAUCGUUCUUCCAAACCUAUCGGUCCUUGCCUUCCUCCUCCAGCAACCCAACAGACUCUGGUCAUAUCGGCUCUGAUGCAUCUCCCAGACCGUGGAUAACACGUACGUAUGCUCAUGGUUUACCCACACGAUCAGAAGCGGAAGUGCGAGGAAUAAUGUAUAUUCCAUGGAGCGGAGAAUGGAAGUUGAUGUCCCGCUCGUCUACCCCCUGGGGUGCCGUGGAAUGCAACUAUCUGUUUUGGGUGAGGAGACCGUUGGAUUCGUAGAGGAGAUUCACAACCUAAAUAUGUGCUGUUGCAUAUCCCCUUGCACACAACGCUGGAGAUUAGCAGGUCACCAAAAGAGACAGGUAUAGCAAUUGAAUAUUUACUUACAGUUACAAGGAGGCCGAGAAAAGCGUGAAUCUAAGACAUCAGCCUCUCCCCCCAGACAAGCCUUUGUCUGUGAGCUGUAUAGGCACCCCCAAUUGCUACCCAAGUAAUCCAUCCGAAUGUUAUGAAAGUUACAGCAAA